AUGGCUUCUUCAAAAACUGCACCGCUACUCUCAUAUCCGGGAACCACACUACCGAUACACGACCACCCGGCCUGGAAGCAUCUGUCUGGUACAGCUAUGGACAAAGCGAUUCUCAAAGAGCCAGUCAUUCAACCCAAAGAGCCAGCGACGUCGUCUAAAGAGGCAGCUGCAAAGGCAGUCAAGAACUUGACUACGAGAGCCCCGCUCAUCAACGAAGUUGCCAGCAAAGACGUCACUAGCAAGGAUGAUGUCGUGUACUUACCAAAGGGUAACACAACGUUGAACAGAUUCUCAGACAUUACUACAAGCGCGAAGCGAGCUUCAUACGCGUCCACAACAAAGUCAGAGCUUCGAAAUUCCAACCAGCAGAUGUUCGAGAUGCUCCAGAGCGUGCAGACCGAGCUUGCCACACACCGCGCCAUCAUGCUUGACAUUCAGUCGCGUCUGUCGUUCCUUGAGCAAGAUGCACCUACCAUGGUCGAGUCGUGCGCACCUGAAAUCUUGUCGCCAGUAGUAGACGAGCUGAAGCCUCCACAGCGAGCGCCUCCACCGCCCCCAGCAAAGCGCGCAAGCCUUGUUAUUGCGCCAGGAAGAGAGAGCCAGAGCUGGUGGCAAAUGUGCCAAAAGUUCGCCGAGAAUUGCGAUACGCCAUGCGACCCACAGGAGUUCUUGAAGACACCCAGUCGCUUUGAGGACUUCGACUUCCACUUAGGCGGCCAUGCGAUAGCCGACUCCGUUCGACCCGCAACACCAGUAGAGCUCGAGCUCGACAAUGUUCCCGCCCUUUCUCCUGACUCUGAGCGUCACUCGUCUAGAGACGCCGAGGUCGAGCUUGAAGCCGAGGAGUCUGUUACUCAGUCGCCCCAGCCGGUGCGCCAAUCGAGCGAGAGUGUGGAAUCCAGGUCACCAAGCAUCUUCUCCGAAGGACAACCCCGACUCUCGGGUCUGACCAUGGAGGACUGCGAGGAGAUCGACAACAUCAUCGAACAAGUCGUAGAAUUCAAGAAGCCUGCUGCUCUACCUCCUCUGCUGCUCCACCCGCCCCCAAGCGGCAGGACCGCCUCCAUCAUGAGCGUCGAGGCCAUCACAGCUCUGCCUGACUGUCCCCCGGUCGUCGAAGUCUCCAGCACGCCCCAGCAACAUCGCAGGGGCAUUCGAAGCAUCUCUUCGAAGUGGGCUUCGUUGAAGGGAAGGACAAACGAGACCAGCUACUACCGAAACAGUAUCUUUAGCAUGCGCUAA